UUCUGUGACGUUCGCCUUAAGCAGGGUUCAAUACAAUCAAAAUGGCACUACCUCAAGUGUCGGAAUUCAUCGUAGUAUCUGGGAACACGUUACCAAAUGAAAGCAAAACAGAUGUAACAGAUAAACAGACACUAUUGGCCGUACUUCAGUUUCUUAAGAAACAUAAUCUAAAGGGCACAGAAGAUUUUCUGAAGAAGGAGACCGGUCUACAGGACACAGAUGUCUCCCAGGACACGUCGGCUCAGACAGCUUCAGAGGUGGCCCACGCGCUUGCUGCUUACAAAAGUGAUGAUGACCCCAGCAUAUACGGUGAUCACUACAGGGACCUCAAGGCCUUCAUUGAAACCUGCCUCGACGUUCACAAGGUGGAGAUAGCCACAAUUUUGUACCCAGUGUUCGUGCACAUGUAUCUGGAACUUGUCUACAACAACCACGAACAUCAUGCGAGGGAGUUCUACAUGCGUUUCCAUGGUGACCAGGAGUGGUACUACAGUGAGGACCUCAGCAAGCUGGCAACAGUAACCAAGCAGGAGCACAUGGCUGGCAGCCAGAUCAUGGAGAACUUCAAGUCCAGCAAGUUUGUGCUGAAGAUGUCCCGUGACUCGUACACACAUCUGAAGCGUUAUCUGCAGGAGAAGCAGCUGAAAACCCUGCUCAACAUCAUACAGGAACACCUCUUUAUAGACGUGUUUGAUGGUGUCCCCCGCACCAAGCUGCAGAUAGACCUGGCCAGUGGUGGAGUGCUGGGGGAGGCGGCCAGGGAGGCCAACAAGUCCAAGGUGCUGUACGGUCUGCUCAAGGAGCCAGAUAUCAACAUACCCAUGGAGGAGGAGGAGGAAGGCGGUGGAGAAGGAGAGGACAAACCUAAGAAAAAGAAGCAGAAGAGGGACCCCCUUCUCUCCAAGAAGUCCAAGAAUGACCCGAAUGCACCGCCCACAACAAGGAUACCUAUGCCAGAGCUGAAGGACCAUGACAAGCUGGAAAGGAUCAAUGCAUACAGAGAGGCCCUGAAGAAGGUCAAAAUGGGGCCCAACUCCCUGCCCUCGAUCUGCUUCUACACAUUCCACAAUGCACUCCAGGGUGUGACAUCUAUAGAUGUAUCAGAGGACUCCAGCCUGCUGUGUACCGGCCUGGGUGACUCCAACAUACGGGUGUGGUCCCUGACACCUAACAAACUGAGAGCCAUGAAGCCUGUAGACGAACUGGAGUUGAUUGACAAGGAAGCAGAUGAUGUGUUUGAGCGUAUGAUGGACGACACAACUGCAGAGGAGACUAAGUUGUUACUGUCCCACAGUGGUCCAAUCUAUGGCACGAGCUUUUCACCUGACAAGAGUUACCUCACCUCCAGCUCAGAGGAUGGCACUGUGCGACUUUGGAGCCUCCACACUUGGACAAACCUUGUGUCCUACAAGGGCCAUAACUCUCCAGUCUGGGAUGUAAAGUACAGUCCACAUGGUCAGUACUUUGUGUCUGGAGGUCAUGACAGAGUGGCGCGCCUGUGGACCACGGACCACUACCAGCCUGUGAGGAUCUUCCCUGGCCACUUCUCAGACGUUGAUUGUGUUCAGUUUCACCCCAAUGGGAACUAUGUAGCCACAGGCUCAAGUGACCGCACCGUGCGCAUGUUUGAUGUCCUCAAUGGCUCCUGUGUGCGCACAUUUACUGGACACAAGGGAGCCGUACACAGUCUAAGCUUCUCACCAGAUGGCAAAUAUCUUGCAUCCUCAGGUUUGGAUGGCCACAUCUGUUUAUGGGACAUAUCCAAUGGCAACAUGCUAGCCCAGAUGAAAGACCACACGGGUCCUGUGUACUCACUGUGUUACAGUAGAUGUGGAUCUGUCCUAGCAUCAGGCGGCAUGGACAGCUGCGUGAAGCUGUGGGACGUUACCAAGGUGAUCAGAGAGACAGACAAGGACAUGGACGCCAGUAUACCCAGCUCCCUGUCUGUCAAUGAGAGCCCCAGCCUGUUGAUCUGCUCUGUGGCCACCAAGACCACCCCUGUGCUGGACAUCCACUUCACACGCAAGAACCUCAUGCUGGCUGCAGGACCCAUGAAGACUUCCUGAGGGCAGUACCAGCAUCAGACCAGCACCAGACCAGCACAGACCAUGUGUUUGAUGUCACUAGACCAUGCGAGAGAUGAAGGAAGUGUCCUUGCUCCACUGUUCUGUCUGCCAGACCUGUAUAUGUGUUAGAAGUAUUGAUUUUCACUUGGUACCCUUUGGUGUUUUAGGUAAACGAAAAUUUCACUCGGGUCUUGCGUAUGUGAGAUGCAUAAAUUCAUGCUGCAAGUGUUUAACAGCGUUCCUGUCAAUAAUUUUCAUGAUCUUAGAAAAGUCUGCGAAACGAUUAUUUUCUCUCCAUGUAUGAUAUUAAAGUGGUGAUUACUUAGAGAGAUGUAUUAUAUUAUUAUGCUAAGAAAGAUGUGAAAUAAAGCUGUCAUCAAUGGGUGUGAGUUGCUGUUGCGAAUCAGCCAUACUUAAGGCAAUGUCUUGAUAGUUACAAUGUUUCUAAAAAUAAGAUUUACAUAGUUUUCAAAGCUGUUCUCAUGUGCCUUAUUUUAAUUUCAAUGUACAACAUGUAUAUGUCACACAGUGUACAGUAUUUUUAUCCCUUCGAAGAAGAGGGGGUAUAUUGCUUUGCACAUGUCGGCCGGUCGGUCGGUCCGUCCACCAGGUGGUUUCCGGAUGAUAACUCAAGAACGCUUGGGCCUAGGAUCAUGAAACUUCAUAGGUACAUUGAUUAUGACUCGCAGAUGACCCCUAUUGAUUUUGAGGUCACUAGGUCAAAGGUCAUGGUCACGGUGACCCGAAAUAGUAAAAUGGUUUUCGGAUGAUAACUCAAGAACGCAUAUGCCUAGGAUCAUGAAACUUCAUGGGUGGAUUGAUCAUGACUCGCAGAUGACCCCUAUUGAUUUUGAGGUCACUAGGUCAAAGGUCAAGGUCACGGUGACCCGAAAUAGUAAAAUGGUUUCCGGAUUAUAACUCAAGAACGCUUACGCCUAGGAUCAUGAAAUUUCAUAGGUACAUUGAUCAUGACUGGCAGAUGACCCAUAUAUAUUUUCAGGUCACUAGGUCAAAGGUCAAGGUCACGGUGACCCGAAACAGUAAAAUUGUUUCCGGAUGAUAACUCAAGAACGCUUUUGCCUAGGAUCAUGACACUUCAUAGGUACACUGAUCAUGACUCGCAGAUGACCCCUAUUGAUUUUGAGGUCACUAGGUCAAAGUACAAGGUCACAGUGACAAAAAACGUAUUCACACAAUGGCUGCCACUACAGCGGACAGCCCAUAUGGGGGGCAUGCAUGUUUUACAAACAGCCCUUGUUUUUAUAGUUUUGGUAAAAGUUAUUGUCUGAGUGUUUAACAAGAUGUUUUAGAAUACACUUAUUUAAGUCUUUAUUUGUUUUAAUGUAUGUUGAUAUUCAUGUGCACUUGAUAUCAAUGGUGUUUUGUAAAAUC